AUGCAAUUCUUCAACCCAUUCACUUUCGCAGCGACCACCAUCCUGCCCUUGAUCGCCGCCCAGCAGAUGAACAUUCCCUCCUGCGCAUCCAGCCCUCUACUCUCCGUCAUCACCGACUUUGGCUGCCAGAUCGAGCCUCGAGACUGCUACUGCACCAAGCCCGAGGUCGUUCAAUCGAUUGCCUCUGCAGUCGUACCAGCGUGCUCGGGUGCUAUCGAUCAAGCGGGCAUCUCGUCUGUCGUCAGCUCGUUCUGCGCCAUCACAGCUACAGCUGAGGAGUCGACUAUCGAUACAACCAUCUCGAAGAGGACGAUUACGAGGGAGCUCACGACGACUGUUGACGGUGGACCGAUCGCUCCUCCUGGAAUCACGGACGCUGCGACACUUCCUGAGAGCGAGCCUGCCGAGGAAACAGCUCCCACGGGCGACCUCUCUUCCGCCGACAUUCCUUCACCCACCGCCGCUGCGCCCAUCACGGACGAUAGCUCUCCCGAGGACGGCGCCGCACCCACAGACUCUCCACCUUCGCCAACUGAUGGACCGUCCAACACUGACGAAGCUGCGAUCCCUUUCACCACCGCAGCUCCUGAGGCAGAGAUUAGCACGGCGGACGUCCCGACAGCCGAGGAGCAACCUGCUUUGACAACAGCUUCCAACCCGAACAAUCUUACUGCGCCCUCUGCCGGCGACAAUCCUCCGCCAGCUGCAUUCACCGGCGCAGGGAAUCUGCGCAAUAACGUUGCGGCGCUGGUCUUAGCGCUUGCAGGUAUGGGCUGGGUGUUUGCGGAGUUGUGA